GGGUGUGUACGUGCGUCCUGAGCUCUCCUGUUUUGUGUUAUAUUAUCAGAUUCUUAGACUACAAAAAAAAAUACAUAAACGAAUUACCAUUGGAGUUUGCAUGAAAAUCUAUAAUGCAUUAGUUGACGAAAUGCAAAUGAGAGUUUACUUAAACUCGAAUCUGGGUUUUCAUUCAGUGAAUGAAUAAGUGUCGUGGUGUAGGCCUGUGUAGUGCUGCGGUAUGUUGAACCUGUGCUAACCUCGUUUAUGUAGACGUUCCUACGUGCUGUUUAAUCUAUACGGGUUUAGCUUUUUCUUGUGAAUUUGAUAAUAGAUAUUUCUGUGUCAUUUUAUCCCCGGGUACUUGCAAGGACAUCAUUGAGGAACUGACUAGGAUAGUUCCUCACCGUAUUGUCUCCUGGUAUUACUACUACCAGGCACUUCCCAUGGCACUGUAUAGUUAUUGGACACUACUGUAGUCACUGGACUCCCUAGGGCACUUUAGUUAUUGGACACUAGCCAGUGGACACUUUCCAGGGCACUUCCUAGUGAGUACUACAUAUCUUGAAUGCCUUCUACAUUACUUCCUAUUUUCCGGAAUUUCGUGGGACACUGAUAUAUAGUCACUCAUCUCCUAGUUAGACAGUGACGUUACUGUCUACCUGACACUUCCUCAUCACUCUUAAGACACUCUCCAGUCUUAUGUAUUUACUCUGUGUAGAAUCAACUUUUGCCAGUCGCCACUACGAUCACUUGCGUCGUAUAUUUUUUUUGUGAAUGAUAAUAACUCGCGUCAUACCAUGAACGAAACUUAUUCUUAAGAGGCCGAAAGUCUCUCUUGGGAUAUAUUCUUUACCCUCAAAAAACUGUACACGGUGCCCGAUAGCCGCCCACCUCCAUCACUACCAGCCACUCAUCACCACCAGCCGCCCACCUCCAUCACUACCAGCCACUCAACACCACCAGCCGCCCACCUCCAUCACUACCAGCCACUCAACACCACCAGCCGCCCACCUCCAUCACUACCAGCCACUCAUCACCACCAGCCGCCCACCUCCAUCACUACCAGCCACUCAUCACCACCAGCCGCCCACCUCCAUCACUACCAGCCACUCAACACCACCAGCCGCCCACCUCCAUCACUACCAGCCACUCAACACCACCAGCCGCCCACCUCCAUCACUACCAGCCACUCAUCACCACCAGCCGCCCACCUCCAUCACUACCAGCCACUCAUCACCACCAGCCGCCCACCUCCAUCACUACCAGCCACUCAUCACCACCAGCCGCCACCUCCAGCCGCCCACCGUCACCACCACCAGCUGCCACUACCAGCCGCCCACCGUCACCACCACCAGCCGCCACUACCAGCCGCCCACCGUCACCACCACCAGCUGCCCACCGCACUAGCAGCCGCCCGCCGCCAUCACCACCAACCAUUCACCACCACCAGCCGCCUACGCCACCAUCAACCACUCACCACCACCACCACCCGCCCACCGCCACCAACAGCCACCACCAGCCGUCCACCGCCACCACCAGCCACUCACCGCCACCACCAGCAGCCCACCGACACCAACCUCUCAUCACCAGCCGCCCACCGCCACCAUCACUGCAAGCCAUUCGCCAUCACCACCAGCCACUCACCACCAGCCGCCCACCGCCACCAGCUGCCCACCACCACAGCCGCCCACCUGUUGAGCUCGGGGCGUGGGUGGGAGGGGCGGCGGGGGUGCUGGAGGAGGAGUCAGACCGGUGGAGCAACAACCCACCAUCACCUGACUGACGCCACUCCAGCCCACCAUGCUCCUUGCUGCCACCAGUCAGACAUGUUGGCGAGCGUUAUUGAGUCAGGAGGCGGCGGAAGCUGUGAUCUUCCUGAGGAGUCUCUCAGUGACCACUACGACAUCCUCAAUAUUCUCAGCUAUGGCAGAAUGGGCAAGAUAUAUCUAGCAGCUACGCGAGUGACAGGGAUGGAGGUGGUAUUGAAGGCAGUGUGUCGUGACAUGUGCAGGAGGAGAGACGUUCAGCGCGAGUACCAUUAUGCUUCACACCUUGACCAUCCUAAUCUGACAUCUGCCACUGCUCGACUCUUCCAGACAGAUCUUUAUAUUGUCUUCCCCAUGGAGUAUGCACCAUAUGGUGAUCUUGGGUCUCAUCUGAGCUCCAGAUCCAUUGAUGAGGUACAAACUCGCUGGGUGGCUGAGCAGGUAGCCAGUGCGCUCACCUAUCUCCAUGGGUUCCAGCUAGUGCAUGGCAGCAUCACCCCUGAUAACAUUCUCAUCUUCAGACCUAAUCUUUCACUUGUCAAGGUCACCGACUUCGGCUCUACGUGUCGGGGUGGAACAUUUAUGCGGCGUCGGCAUUUUGCUGGAUCAUACACUCCACCAGAAUUGAGUCGUGGGGAGGGUACUGAGGGUUAUUAUACUGGAACUUCACUUGAUUCAUGGGCUUUGGGCAUUCUCAUCAUUCAUUGCUUAACGGGAAACAAACCCUGGGCCACUACAGAUGCUUCUGACCCUGACUAUGCUGCCUUCCGGAACUGGCAGCGGGUUAAAUCCAUCAGAGUACCGAGGGCCUUCAAAAGAUUUACAGUUCGUCUUCUACGUCUUCUGCGUCGUCUCCUUGAACCUCAUGGAUGGUCUCGUUAUCCUGCUAAGGAAGUAUUCAAGUACCUGGACGAUGAUUGGCUAAUAAAGUCCCGUGACAGAAGUGAUAGUCAUGAUUUCAGUUCAUCUCUUGUGACACUGCAACACCCUCAGCCAUACUCGUCAAUCAGUGAAAAGCUAAAGGAUGCACAGCAAGACUGUGAUGCUCAAGAGCAACCAUCACAAGGUAGAGUCUCGAGCCCAAGACGUUUUUUGGCUGAACUACUUCGGUUCACUUCCCCGACCUCUUCUGUUAAGCACCGUCACAAAAACCAUGCUUGGCACAAAUCUUCAUCCUCCUCCUCGUCUUCCUCCUCAUUUUCAUGGCUCAAUUCUUCUUCCUCCACUUCAUCAUUCAGUACUUCAACCAAUUAUUCAUCUGUGUAAUGUCUGCCACUUAACAUAAUCAAAUUUAAACUCAAGUACAAGUACUGUACAUAGUCAUGUACUUUAUAUGAAAAUACUGUAUUAACUUUGAAGUUUCUGUUCAAAGAGUAACUGCCUUUAUAAUUUUAUAAUAAUCUGUCAGAAAUUCACAGUGAUUGACACUUCCUAACUCCACUACAGGUAUUUUUUCUCUUCUCAGGCUGUAGCAUCAUAAAAAUGAUACUAUAGUACAGUCAUCACUGGUUUAUACCCUACAAAAAUACCAUUAAAUCUGUUAAGAAAUU